GGGGGCGGGACGCGGGGACCCGGGCGGUGCAGCCUUGGGCGCGGCCUCGGUCCGCGGUGCGGACCCCGGAGCCAGGUGUGCAGGGAGAGGCCGGACCAGGUGCGCGGGACGCGGGCACGCCCGGGCGCAGCUUCCCAGGGGCGCCGGCACAGGAACCAUGGGGCUCUCCCGGAAGGAGCAGGUCUUCAUGGCCCUGCUGGGGGCCUCGGGGGUCGCGGGCCUCACCGCACUCAUUCUCUUCCUGGUGGAGGCUGCCAGCGUGCUCCGGCCCACCGACAUCAAGUUUGGGAUUGUGUUUGACGCCGGCUCCUCCCACACGUCCCUCUUCCUGUAUCAGUGGCCGGCGGACAAAGAGAACGGCACGGGUGUGGUCAGCCAGGCCCUGGCCUGCCAGGUGGAAGGCCCUGGAAUCUCCUCCUACGCUUCGGACCCGGCACAGGCUGGUGAGAGCCUGCAGGGCUGCCUGGAGGAGGCGCUGGUCCUCAUCCCAGAGGCCCAGCGUCGCAAAACACCCACAUUCCUGGGGGCCACAGCUGGCAUGAGAUUGCUCAGACAGAAGAAUAGCUCUCAGGCCAGGGACAUCUUUGCAGCAGUCACCCAGGCCCUGGGCCGGUCUCCUGUGGACUUUUGGGGUGCUGAGCUCCUGGCUGGGCAAGACGAAGGUGCCUUUGGUUGGAUCACCGUCAACUACGGCUUGGGGACGCUGGUCAAGUACUCCUUCACUGGAGAAUGGAUUCGGCCUCCAGAGGAGAUGCUGGUGGGCGCCCUGGACUUGGGGGGGGCCUCCACCCAGAUCACCUUUGUGCCUGGGGGCCCCAUCUUGGACAAGAGCACGCAGGCCGAUUUUCGCCUCUACGGCUCCGACUACAGCGUCUACACCCACAGCUACCUCUGCUUUGGACGGGACCAGAUGCUGAGCAGGCUCCUUACUGGGCUGGUGCAGGUCAGCCGGCUGAGGGGAGGGUGCACGGGGCUGAGGGAACAGAGCUAUAGGCGCGGGGCUGGCAUGGGGGGUCCGGACCCAGGGAGGGUGCACAGGGCUAUGGGUGUGGGGCUGGCCUGGGUCAUCGGGUCCUGGAUGGACAGGGCUGCGGGUAUGGGGCUGGUGCUCAGGCCUCCCUGCUCUCUGCAGAGCCACCCGGCUGCCCUGCUCCGUCACCCAUGCUACCUCAGUGGCUACCGGACCACACUGGCCCUGGCCCCCUUGUACGAGUCACCCUGUGUCGACACCACACCUCCCCUGGGCCUUCCCCAGAAUCUUACAGUUGAAGGGACAGGCAACCCUGGGGCCUGCGUCUCAGCCAUCCAGAAACUUUUCAACUUCUCCGCUUGCCAGGGUCAGGACUGUGCCUUCGACGGGGUCUACCAGCCCCCCGUACGGGGCCAGUUCUACGCCUUCUCCAACUUCUACUACACGUUCCACUUUCUGAACCUCACCUCCGGGCAGCCCCUGAGCACCGCCAACGCCACCAUCUGGGAGUUUUGCCAGAGGUCCUGGAAGCUGGUGGAGGCCAGCUACCCUGGCCAGGACCGCUGGCUGCGUGACUACUGUGCCUCAGGCCUGUACAUCCUCACCCUUCUGCGGGACGGCUACGGCUUCAGUGAGGAGACGUGGCCCAGCAUCCAGUUCCGAAAGCAGGCGAGCGGCGUUGACAUCGGCUGGACGCUGGGCUACAUGCUGAACCUGACCGGGAUGAUCCCGGCCGAGGAGCCAGCUCAGUGGUGGGCACAGAGCCACAGCGUCUGGGUGGCCACAGUGGUGUUCCUGGUGCUGACCCUGGUGGCGGUGCUGGGGGCUGCCGCGGUUCAGCUAUUCUGGGUGCAGGACUAGCAGGAGGGCAGAGGCGUGCCCCCCAGAACCCUCAGGCAGCUGCGCCCUGAUGCCGUAGGCUUCCCGAGCCCCGAGCACCGUGGGGCCUGGCUGUGUGUCUCUGCCCACGGUCAGGUGACAGCCACCUCUGGGGCACUCUCAGGGUGCAGUGUGGCCUCCCCUCCUGGCGUCCCUGGAGCCCUCCCCACUGGGCUUCCAGGGCCCUGGGUGCCUUUCUGCACAGCGGCCCCCAGGACUUCGGUGCCUCCAGGCCUGUGUGGCUGCAGGGGCCUCAGGAGGGGCGGCUGGGGCAGAGGGGAGGGAGCCGUCCCGUCUGGACCCUGCUCCCCUUGCUAUUGUCUGAGCAGACGGACAGAGUCCAGGCCCAGCGUCUUCUCCGGGCCAGGCUGGCCUCCCACACCCCCUUUGAGGGUUGGACUGCAGUGGGGUGUUGCUUUUAUUAAAACCAUGGUGGACA